CGGAGCAGGAUUUAUAGGACAAUUCACUUCAACCUCAAUAUCCUACAGAAUCAUGUCAGGUCGAGGCAAAGGAGGAAAGGGACUCGGGAAAGGCGGCGCUAAGCGCCACCGUAAAGUUCUCCGUGACAACAUCCAGGGCAUCACCAAGCCAGCUAUCCGCCGUCUGGCUCGCCGAGGUGGUGUGAAGCGUAUCUCCGGUCUGAUCUACGAAGAGACCCGCGGUGUCCUCAAGGUGUUCCUGGAGAACGUGAUCCGUGACGCCGUCACCUACACCGAGCACGCCAAGAGAAAGACCGUCACCGCCAUGGAUGUGGUCUACGCCCUGAAGAGGCAGGGUCGCACCCUGUACGGCUUCGGCGGUUAAACAUGAUCACCUGCUCUCAAACGAAGGCUCUUUUAAGAGCCGCCCAAAUAUCAUGAAAAGCUAACCUGCAUUUAUCGUUCCUAUGUCAAUGAUUCUCAUGUUGAUAAGAACAUGGAUUGUUGUCAUGAGUUUAAACAAAUUAAUCCCCUUAUCGGUACUAAAUAAUGACUACCCCGUCGUCGAUGAACUCAAACCUCGAUGAAACGUUUAAGCGCUGAAGAGGCAGGGAUAAUUCUACCGUAGAUGUAUACCUUGAAAAGAUUGACCGAUCGAGUCCAACCAAUAAGUACAAUGCUUUCACUCAAGAUUGAAUUGAACAGGAAACAAUGUCUAUUGGUUAACCAGCAACGUAAUCCAUUGAUAUAACAAAUAUUGAGCUUUGUUUAAAGCUUUAAUUUAAGCCAUGUUUUGAUAUGGGUUUGUAUACUGAACCGGCCAGCUGGACCAGUAAAAAUCUAACCAGUAAACGUCUGAGAUGAGAUCAACUAUGAAGCUGUUUAAACGUUUAGUUGAACUAUUAAAUGUUGUGGUUGAGA